UCCCCUCGACUUCAGUCCGUCCCGCUUCCAGCUGCUGCAGCCGCGCCUUCACUGUCUCGGCAUCCAGCCGCCCCCUGCUCUGGCCCGGCAUGGCGACCCCGACUCAGGCCCCCACAAAUGUUCCUCAGGAACCUGACCCAUUUUACUAUGACUAUGACACUGUGCAGACCGUGGGCAUGACUCUGGCUACCAUAAUGUUUCUGCUGGGCAUCCUCAUCAUUAUCAGCAAGAAGGUGAAGUGCAGGAAGGAGGACUCCAGGUCUGAGAGCCCAACAUGCAAAUCCUGUAAGUCGGAGCUUCCCUCCUCAGCUCCUGGAGGUGGCGGCGUGUAAAACCAACCCCGGCACCUCCCUCCACUGCUGUCCGUGCCGGAGUGCGGGAGCCUGAGGACCGGGUGGAGGCGGUGGGGACCCCAGCCUUGUGCUGCUGGGGAGCACUCCCCGGAAUGAGCCGCCCCACCCACCCCGAGGCUGGAGCCGCUACACCCCGCUGCCCCUCCCGAGGCCUUGGCAAUGUCGACCCCCCAAAGAGCCCGUCUGCAUCUCAGAUCCAGGGACUCAGGCCUCCAGCUCCUGGAGUCCGGGAGUCCACCCCCAAGCCCUCCAGAGUUCCCGUGUAAUGGCCCCCUGCACCUCCUUGUCGCCUCUCCAAAGAUCCGUCCCCCUGCACACUCGGUGUCUAGAUCUUGAGCUUAAUAAAUGUGCAUUUGGUUUUGCCCCUG